AGUGUUUGUAUAUGUAAAUAAAUAAGUCAACGAAAAGUAUUUAAUCUCAAAAAUAUGUUUUAGAAUUUAAAUGUGUACGAAACCGACUCUACAAAGGCAAAGCUUGGCAAACCGUUCCAGAAGCAAAGUAUAGCAGCAAAAAUUGUGGAAGACUGAAGAAAUGGUCAAUAAAAAAUGCUUCUCACAAUAUAAACAGCAAUAAUGAAAAAGUCUUACAUAUGGAUUAAUGUGUUAAUAAUCCCUCAACAGUUUAUAAUAAUGUAAUAUUUAAAUUCGCUUCGUUUUUUUUAUUAGGUCUUGUGUUAUUCUGCUGGUAAAUAGAUUAAAAUAUUACAAAGAAAUAUGCAAGCCUUAGCAUUUUAUAAAUUUAGUAGGCUUUGUUAUUUUUGUAAAACCUCAGCUGUACAAAGAGUUAUUGUACACUGAAAUCACAAUAUUUACAAUAUAAUGUACUGCGUCUGGGCAAUACAGUCACAAUGCCAAAAAAUCGAAUUCAUCAAUGUAAUACUGAAAUACCGUAAUGAAGGACUGGCUACCCCUGCCGCAAAAGUUCAUUUCUGCAAUCAGCAUACCAAGAACCAAACACGGCUCAGCAGCAUCAAUCGCCGGAGCAGCCAAAAAGCAACUUUGGAACUAGGAUAUGCAGCCUUGCACAACUAUGCAAGACUUAAUGCGAAAUCAAAAUCUUGUGCUAGUUACACAACAAUCAAAAUAAUGACUUCCCUGCGGAUAUCUACGUGGAACGCUAUCGGCGUUUCGCAGCAUAAACUUAUGUUAGCUCAACUCCUACUCGACAAUCAAAUGCUUUCAGAAACACACCUUACAAACAAAUACAACUGUCAUCUAAGAGGAUAUUUGUUUUACCGAAUAAGUCAUCAGAUGGUAAAGCACAUUGGGGGACUGGAAUUCUAAUCAGAAGCCGUAUUAAGCACCACUACUCUUACCGCCGUAUACUGCCCCCCCUCGCUUCGCUAUAGCUGCUGAUGAGUUUAUGCAGUUUUUCAAGGAGACCACUUCAUAGCAGCCGGAGACUACAAUGCCAAGCACACACAUUGAGGAUCUCGUCUCGUGACUCUAUCAAAGCCAAAAAUAAGCCUGACUAUGCUUCUGGAAUACCAACAUACUGGCCGGCAGACUCAAAGGAACUACCCACUUUAUUAGACUUUGCAAAUACCAAAAACUAAUCUCUCGUUUUUCCUGUUUAUUCUACUUUGACAUCCAGGAACAUUGGAACAAUCAUUAACAUUGACCUCACAAAAACAAUUUGGUUAAGUACAGAAAGUAUAAUAGCUGACACUUUGAGCUAA